AUGAAGACAUCCGGUAUCCUCGCAGCCCUCGCCGCCCUUGGCGCUACUUCCGUCCUGGCCACUCCCGUCGAUGGCAUGGUUGUCAUCAAGCGUGAUAACCUCCCCGGCCUCAACGACGUGCAGUCUGCCAAUGCUCGUGCCGUCAUCGACGAGAAUAACAAGGAGAAGCUCGGCAAGCAGGGAUGUAUCGCUGCCCUUACUACCGGACUGACUGAAUCGAGCCUUCGCAUCUUGGCUAACAACGGCGUGCCCGCCUCCCUCAACUACAAGCACGACGGCCUGGGCAGCGACCACGACAGCAUCGGCAUCUUCCAGCAGCGCGCGUCCAUCUACACCAACAUUGAGUGUGAUAUGGGGGCCGCGUGCUCUGCCAGCCAGUUCUUCAAGGGGAUGACUGCGGUUUCGGGCUGGGAGACGAUGGAUGUGGCUACGCUGUGCCAGAAGGUGCAGAGGUCUGCGUUUCCGGACGCGUACAAGAAGUGGGUUGGUACUGCUACUGAUGCGUGUGCUGCUGCUGGGGUGUAA